AAAUGUGUGUUUUAAAAAGUGUUGAAAAAAAUGUGUAAAAAUCCAAAUAGUGUAAUUUUAUUAUCCAGUGUUGUAAAAAAACAACAACAACAAAUUACCUACUUUUAAAAUGCAAAUUCUUAAUAUGGGCAUUAUGUCAUAAAGUUCUCUGUAGUUUAAGUGGUUUAAGAUUAUCCUCAAGUUGAGUUAAAUUGCGUUUUCACGGCAGCUGGUAGACUUUCAUUUGUAAGUUGAAACAGCUUGAAAUGUCUUACAGUGUAGUUAUUAUUUGUAAUUUAAUGAAAUGGAGACAGACGGUAAAAUAACAGUAAAUUGUACUGUUACACUGUUUAAAGUACUUUUUAACAAUAUUUGGACUGCUAACUGAGCAGAAUGGAAGUUUACAUGACAUAUUCUGCUACUCAAUAGAUUUUAACAUUGAGAUUUGUCUAAAAAAAAAACACACUAUAGUACUGAUAUGGAAUGAAACAUACAGAACAAAAAGACUUUAAUUCUGUUUAAUACACUCACUCCCUUCUUCCCCACCACACAUCACUGACCAAAGGACUUAAUGCAUUCCUGCAACACUGUAUAUUUUUGCACAGCUUAACCUUUUGCUCCAUAAAUAUUGCACAUAUUUUUUCCCUAUGCAUGUUAUUUUUUUCUGUUCUUGCAUAUUCGACACUUGUCUAUCUCAGAAUGUAUGAGUGAUGAAUGUGUUUAAAUGAGUAUAUUAUGUAAUUAUGUUACACAAAGCACUAGGUAGAGGUACAGCGAGCUAAGAAUAACACUGCACUGAUAAAAUUUUCCUCUGAGUCAUUUUCAUCCUUAAAGUGGUCAAAAAGCCUCAUGCUUUCCAAUCUUCAGAUGUUUGUUAAAACACUGUAAAACACUCAAAUACUAAAUCACCUUGUUAAAGCUUCUUAUUAAUGCAUCGACUGCUUUUACCUCAGACACACAUCCAGACUUGAUACAUGCAAAAGUUGUUUCUUCCAAGUUUUGUAAAUAAAUGUCCACAUCACUCAAAAGUCCAUUCUGAGUGUAGAGGUUUCGAGUUUCCACAUCAAGUAUGUGGAAGUUGCAUGAUGAAAGACAUCCCAUGAUGUCACAAAAUCAUGUUUUAAGCUAAGCACAGGAAAAAUACUUGCCCAUUCAGGAGAUGAAUGUGAUGCAAACCACACAAAUUAUUCUGCACAGGGGUGGUUUAAUGUCCGAGUAAAAUAAUGACAACUUUUGUUUUAAACCCAUACCCAUAGUUUCAUUUAUGUAGUGUCAAGAUAAGUCAUCUGAGGGCACUUUAUAUGGAAAGGUCAAGGUUUUACAGUAUUACAGAGAGAAAACACAAUAAUUCCUCUCUCCUCUCCAUUCUCUAUACACCGCUUUAUCCUCACUAGGGUCACGGGGGGUCCUGGAGCCUAUCCCAGCUGACUUGGGCGAAGGCAGGGGACACCCUGGACAGGUCGCCGGUCUGUCGCAGGGCUACAUAUACAGACACACAAUCACACUCACAGUCACACCUACGGACAAUUUAGAAUAAUCAAUUAACCUCAGCAUAUUUUUGGACUGUGGGAGGAAGCCGGAGUACCCGGAGAAAACCCACGCAUGCACAGGAAGAACAUGCAAACUCCAUGCAGAAAGAUCCCAGGCCCAGACCGGGAUUUGAACCAGGGAUCUUCUUGCUGCAAUGCAAAAGUGCUAACCACUACUCCACUGUGCAGCCCCUACAAUGAUUCCUUUGAACACAUAUACAAGCACAGGUAAAAUAGUAGUGUUAAUGGUAGAUCCAUCUAAAUUAAUUUUUCCAGUAAAUAUCUUGACAAAUGUUUUGACAUGAGAUUGUUUUUUUUUUUUUAAACUACAAGUGUUAUUAAUCAUAAAUGAGGGCUGAACUUCAUUCAACACUGUCAGUAUCAAACAAGGAUUUCUGGUGCUCUUAACUGGAAUGAGUAUAAAUUACACCUGUAUGUUUCCUGUUAUGACAAGGCAAACUGUCUGCUCUUGAGACACUAAAAUGGAGCAGAGUCAUUGUGAUUAACAUUAGUUUAACCUGGAAAUUCUUGACAAGUUUGUAAAACGUGUAAGCAUUUGCUGAAUUAAGCACAGAACCAAAAAGCACUGGUAUGUCCAGUAGGGAAGUAUCAUGUAGACAGUGGUAUUAUUUAACUCCAUCAUAAUGGCUGAUGCAGUAAUAAAACAACCCUGCAGGAAGUACCUUUUACGGUCGUUAUUGGAACUAUUUUAGAGAACUGUUGAUACAGUGUUGUUAAAUACAUCUGUCAAGACAUGUCUAAAUGUCUGCUGCCUGUUCUACUGUGUUGUAGAGGUGUUUCUGCCAUGUUUUCCACUCUAAUGAUGUUAAUGAGAGCUGAGGUUUGGUCACAUGGCUUUAAUGUCUCAUAGCUUGAAUAAUACAUACAAUAAGUAUGCCUUAAAGGUUUUAACUGUCACAAGGUAACACAUGUGCUGGCAUCCAGUUGUGGAAAGUAAGCACAUUUAUUCAUGUAUUCUUAGGUAUAAUUUUGAAGUACUUGUAUUUAACUUGAGUAUUUUCAUUUUAUGCACAUUUAGACUGCAUUUCAGAAGGAUAUAUUGCACUUUUAACUACACUGGAAGGUUUUAACAGCUUAGGGUGAAGAUUUUAAACAAUGGAUGGUAGAACUUGCUUUUAAAAUACAAUGCGUUGUUGAACACUAAACUUUCUAACCCUUCUGACAUCUCACAAAAAGUAAUGUGUAACUGAGGUGAGCAUGGUGUCAUUUUAACAUCAUUUUAGAGAUGUUGCCUAACAGAAUUCCAUUGUACCCUUGCAAUGACAAUAAAGCUUCUUAAUCUUAAUCUUGAUAAAUGUUCAAAUUAUCCAAUGUCUCAUCAAAAAUGAAAGAUUAGAGAGAAUGUCCAACAACUGAAAACCUGAUGUGGAUCAGAACUUAGUUUUUCCUUCCCUCCUUUUCCAAAUAAUCACGUGACAACCCCUUUAUGUAAAACUACAUAUAAGGUAGUUCAAACAGUAACACACUGAUGUUUCACUAUUAAAAAUCAAAUGAUGUGGAAUGUAAGAACACAUCAAUCAGAGGAACCAAACCAGUAAUUUUACCUGAACAUCUUUUGCAGUAAUGUUACUCGCAACAAACUGACGGGUAUACUGUUAAAAAAUGCCUGCAUUUAUUGUCACAUUUACACAAACGUACAAUAAAUUUCAGUUCAUUUCACACGUAUUUACUGGCCUUUUUGUACCUACAACCAAACAACGACACGAUUCCAAGACUGCACUUGAAUCACCAAGUUUGUCUAAUACGUAAAUACGUAGGGCUCUUCAGUAAUUUGUCUCACAGCUAGUCUACGUAGUCUAGUUCCCUCAGCUGUCAGUAGACAUGUUGCUAGACUUGUUUGUUUCAGCUAAAAAACAAAAGCCACUUCCAGUUUAGAUGCAGGAAGCUUUUUUGCAAACACUUCCUAAGAAGUGAUUGUGAAACAAAAAUCAGCUGUGUUGUGCAUUCUUCAAGCGCAUUUUCACAUUUCAGAGUAAGAGCUGAUAAAACAGGAGGAUACAAGUGUUCUGUGGAUCGACAUGUUUUAACUGGACUUCUGUAAGUGAGGAUCAGGGACACUGUUCUGUGGUAAGUCUUGUUUCAUGUGAAUUCAGCUUUAAAGAAAAAUAUUUGGACAUCCAUUUUUAAUUCUCUAUUAUUCCACCGUGUGUAUGUAGUUUUGUCUUUGCUAAAAAAUAUGAUUGAAACAGGAUAUUUCCUCACUCUUUUAACACAAUGAUAGCUGAGAGAAUAAACUGUGAUCUCAGCUUUGUGUGCUCUUGUAAUGCCAUCCUUCAUGCUGCAUAUCUCACUGUCACACUCCACACAUCAUGUUGCCUCUGGAGCAGCAGAAUCAAGUGGAAACACAGUUCAACAUGUCCUUAAAAGGCAUCCCCCUCUUUGGCUGAGCUGCUGCUCUCUGAUGUCUGCCAGUGUAGAUUUCAGCUCUUUAAAAUGAGUUUGGUCUCUAAUUCAUGCUGUGUGUGUGUGUGUGUGUGUUAUACUGUGCAUGCUGCUGUUCUCAGGGCUUUGUUGUAAUUUAAAUGCUGUGAUUUCUGCUCAAGUUUCUGUUUUCUCUUUUUUUUUCUGGAUCAUUCGUUCAUGAAGGAGAGGAGUACAUUCCUGGAUGUUCUGGUCUUCAGAUCGGACAACAAAUCUUCCGUGAUGAUCGCGGUUAGCAGAUCCAGGUCUCUUUAUCAGAGACUCAGAAGUGAUUUCAAAACCAGGCUGGCUUCCUACACCCUGACUCUCCACACUUCACCCAACACCAUAACAAACUCACUCAGGGAUGUUGACCCCGUGGUCUUUGCCAUCAGGAGAGGGGAUGUGGAGGCUGUUAAUGAUCUGGUGACAUCCUCUUCUCACAGCCUGCUGAAGGAGAACAAAGAUGGUUGGAUCCCCUUGCAUGAUGCCGCCUACUGUGGACAGACUGAGUGCCUGAAGACCCUAUUGAAGGCCCAUCCAGGCUCAGUGGACAAACGUACAUUGCAAGAGCAGACGGCUUUGCUGCUUGCUGUGUCUUGUGAACACUUGGCGUGUGUGCGGUGCCUUCUGGAGGCAGGCGCUGACCCUGACAUCAGCAGCAGUAACAAAGAAACUCCUUUGUACAAAGCAUGUGAGUUGCAGAAUGAGGACAUGGUGAGCCUCAUUCUCUCCUGCGGGGCCACUGUGAACCAACGGUGUGGUCAGGGAUGGACAGCCCUGCAUGAGGCCGUAUCCAGAAACAACACAGAAAUCUGUGAGAUCCUAAUAAGAGCCGGGGCCACAAUCAAUCCACCAAACACCUACAGCAUCACACCUCUCAUUGUAGCAGCCCAGCGAGGACAGAUGAGGGCACUGUGUUACCUUAUUGGGAAAGGUGCAGAUGUGAACAUGCAGACAUGUGACGGUGUUACUGCACUGCAUGAGGCCAGUAAAAAUGGCCACAGGGAAAUUGUGGCCUUAUUGUUGAGUAAAAACGCAGAUGCCAAUAAACCCACUACCUCAGGACUGCUGCCUCUGCAUAUUGCUGCCCAGUAUGGACACCAUGAGAUUGUGUCCCUGCUUGUCUCCGUGACGAGUCGAGCCAGGCUCCGGCACAGUUGGAUCAGCCCCCUCCACCUGGCAGCAGAGCACAACAGACACACUGUGGCAGCUGUGCUACUGAAGACAGGUGCAGAUGUGAACGCCACACUGGCCCACAGUCACUCCGUCCAGUAUGCUGAUCGACGAGCCACAGCCCUCUACUUUGCCAUCGCCAACGGCAGCACCAAAACAGCAGAGGUCCUCCUGAACGCUGGAGCCAGUCUGAGCCUGGAUCCAGUCAGUCCUCUGCUGAUGGCUGUACGUCAGGGCUGCAUCAGCACCGUGUCUCUACUGCUGGACAGAGGGGCCGAUGUAAACGCCACAAUCCCGUCUUAUGCUACCACAUUCCCAGCUCUUGUCGCUCUUUGUAUGAACAAUCUGCCUCUGCUCAAGUGCCUCUUGGACAGUGGCUGUGAUGCCCUCUCCUGUUUUACCUGCGCUUAUGGCAGUGCCCCUCACCCAGCUGCAGGAGAAUCCAGUGUAAGGACAGCUGGCAGCAAUGGAUAUGUUUUGCAGAACGACAGUAUGCUUCCUUUAAACUGCACUGAGCCGCCAGAAAGGACAACACAGUUCUGCGAGUGGAUCUCAACACCUGUCAUGUGUAAAUGGGCUGGGCCAAUUAUAGACUUGUUGCUGGAGCACGUUGGCCAAGUUCAGCUGUGCAACAAGCUCAUCGAACUGCUGGACAGCCGAGAAGAAUGGAGCACUGUUAAGAUGAAGUCCAUGUCGCCACGUCCACUGCUGCACCUCUGUAGAUUAAGGAUUCGGAGCCAGAUGGGGAGACACAGACUGAGAUCUAUCACAUGCUUACCUCUACCAAACAGACUGAUCAGAUACCUGAGCCUGGCUGAGUGACUUUAAGCUGAACCUCAAGCAUUAUAGUCCCCAGAGACAUGACUAUAUUUAUCUUUAUGUGGGUCUUUUUAUAGCUGAAUCUGUAAAUGGUCCUCUCAAAGAAAUUCUCUAUGUAUAAAUAUCUAUUUAUAAUAUAUGUGAUGUGACAAUAAG